AUGCCGCCUACCCAAGGAGCCGCUGGGAGUGGCCCUAUCUCGGAGUCCGAGAGAAAAGGCUCCGUCAAGAGGGCGCGAGAGUUGUUGGAAGCUGGUGCUCAUCGGACGUCCCCUCAGACAGAAUCCAGACAAGUACAGUCACGAGAAUCUGCUCACCAUUCGCAAUGGCCUCUGCCGCCACCGGGCCUACAGCCCCAUACAUUCAAUGCAGGCCAGAAUCCUCGAUUUCUUGUACCCCGGGGCCCUCCGCCCCGGCGACCACCACGUCCAAGUGAGGUGCCAAUGCCGAUGCCGCGCGUGCCAUCUCAGCUGCCGUCGCCAUCUGUCUAUUCUGAAAGAAGCGGAGGUACUCCGGAGCCGAACCCGCACUAUCCUUACCCAUCCAGGCAUCGGUCUUUCUCCCUUCCAGGGAACGCUCAACAGCAAUCACGACCCCUAACAAGCGGAUCACACAGCUCGACUUCCUCGGUAGAUUUGAGCGCUACACCUCGCAUAUCAAUUGCCGCCGACAAUGCGUCCGGAAACUCCUUCACAUCUACAUCGUCUACGGCAGUACCCAGCAUGCCUGCCAUUCCAAGUCUGCAACCGCGGCGCCCACCUCAGACUCGUCGAUCCAGUGGAACUUUAGCUCCCUCAAAUGGCCAGCCAACUGGUGAUCGGAGAAUCUCUGUAUCUCCUAUUCCCGAGGAACGCUCUAGUGCUUCAAGCCGGGGUCAACUCGCUCCUGUGAGCUGGGGAUCCGAACAAGCAGAGUCGGAAAUCCUAGGUGCUUACUUGGACGAUUCGGGAGACGAGAGAUCUGUAGAUCAUGAUAACCGUGCUUCCAGCAAUGAAGCCGCUCUUUUGCGUAAUGCAAGUCUAGGAAAGAGGCAGAAGCCCACGGUGCGCACUAUCACGAAAUCUAAUCCCUCCUCGGAAGUAUCUCUUGUUCAGCCAUCGCCGCUCAAUAUUCAAGGCCAAGGCCAAGAUGCGGCUGCUGGUGCAGCAGUGAGUAUGUCGCCGAGGGACCAGCUUCGUGAAAACACUCAGCCCAGUCAGCCCAGCCCUCUGAGUCGGGCAUCGUCCUCUUCGCAAUCAGGAGAGUCGUAUGUUGACCCAGCAAAACCGCGCAUCGCGAAACCAACGGACGAGGAGAACCGUGCUGCUUGGGAAAAGGAAAUGGGCCUCCCUGCUCCAGCUCCGACGAUGAGUGACAAGAGGCCGGGUGCUCGCAAGCCUCCUAAGCUUGACCUGGGCGCAGUGCGGAAUGCAGAGCAACGUAGCAGUCUGUCAAGCAUGACUGAUCUGAUCAGACGUGCGACUAAGCUUGCUACCAACCUGGAACAUGGAAGAACAGCAAGUAAGGGCAAUGUGCUGGACAAUGUCGCUCAGAAAACAGACUCCAGAGAACGACUCGGACUCGGAGUUCGAGAACGCAACUCGGGAUCUCUUUCUGACAUCCUUGCAUCUUUCCCUAACCCCAGCAUGAUCACGCCCGAUGUGCGAAGCUCAUGGCCAGUGUUCUUCAACCGUUCCCAUUCUUCCAAUCUCCGCGGCGAGCCUCUUGGCUCCUACGACGAGACCGCCCCCCAUGAAAAGAAGCCCACCCAGCGGAAAUGCUGCGGCAUCCCUCGCAAAUGGUUCAUUAUCCUCUGCAUUAUACUCUUCAUUGUCGUAGUACUCGCCAUUCUCCUACCCGUCUUUCUAGUCGCCGUGCCCAAGGAGAAGGCCAGCGAUUCCUCAUGCGCCACCAAGAACCCGUGUAAGAACGGCGGCGUGAGUGUUUCGGCUGGCUCCGAGUGCUCAUGCGUGUGCGCAGGUGGGUUCAUUGGUGCUCAGUGCACGGUUCAGGGCGACAGCAGCUGUGUGACAUCUGCCAUAGACCAAGGGAGUGUUAACAGCAACGCGACGAUGGGUAGCUCGCUUCCGACUGUUUUUGACCAGUCGCAGUCGAAAUUCAACAUCAGCCUCAGCCCGGUCACGAUCAUGGCUUUGUUCAGUAUGAACAAUAUCUCCUGUCCGACGGAGAAUGCCCUCGUCGCCUUCAGCAAGGUGGAUAUUGAAGACAGCAGCAAGCGUUCUGUCGCGUAUUUGGAAGACCGUGAAUUCCAAUAUGAGAGCCUUCCCCCUUCUUCUACUGAGGCGGACACUUCAUCAGUCGCCUUGGUUCCCCGCGCUGUGGAAACCUCUAACGGAAUCGUGUUCGAAGGAGGCGCGGAGAACGGUCCGAGUGGUGGUACUAGCACCUCUGAUGAUACCACUUCCAGCGGCACCGCCACAACAUCUACAACUCAAGGUACCGGAGCAUCUCAUUCGACUGCGACUGCAGUAAGUACUUCUACUGCGGCAGCUGCACCAGCCACCUCUACCAACUCUCGCGUUCCUCUAGAAGUAGUCGAAUUCUCGAAAGCCGUCGUUCUUCUCGUUCUUCAGCGGACAGGCUCCUUCAGCUCCGCGUUGUACUCGGAGACGGAGAUCGAAACCUACCUGGUGGAUUCUUACCCCUCGGCCGCACACCCAUCGAUGGAUGUGCUGGGCCUGUUUUCUCUGGACUUUGAGAAUAAGACCUUGACGGUGAAGUGA